CGGAGCCACGCACAGGCACAGGUCUGCCAGGCCACCACCAACCCUGGUCCAGCCGUCAGGGCCCACCCGACCGUCGGCGAUGUUUUAUUUCCACUGCCCGCCACAGCUUGAGGGCACGGCACCUUUUGGCAACCACUCCACAGGAGAUUUCGAUGACGGGUUUCUUCGAAGAAAACAGCGCAGGAACAGGACGACCUUCACCCUUCAGCAGUUGGAAGCUCUGGAGGCAGUCUUUGCCCAAACACACUAUCCUGAUGUCUUCACCAGAGAAGAGCUAGCCAUGAAAAUAAACCUCACAGAAGCCAGAGUGCAGGUGUGGUUCCAGAACCGAAGAGCCAAAUGGAGGAAGACUGAGAGAGGGGCGUCUGACCAGGAGCCAGGGGCCAAGGAGCCCAUGGCAGAGGUGACACCACCACCAGUGAGGAACAUCAAUUCCCCACCCCCAGGGGACCAGGCCCGGAGCAAGAAGGAAGCCCUGGAGGCCCAGCAGAGCCUGGGUCGAACCGUGGGCCCUGCUGGGCCUUUCUUCCCCUCCUGCUUGCCAGGGACCCUCCUGAACACAGCCACUUACGCCCAGGCCCUGUCACAUGUGGCAUCUCUGAAAGGAGGCCCACUGUGCUCUUGCUGUGUCCCAGACCCCAUGGGCCUCUCCUUCCUCCCUACUUACGGCUGCCAGAGUAACCGCACCGCCAGCGUGGCGGCCCUGCGCAUGAAGGCCCGUGAGCAUUCAGAAGCCGUUCUGCAGUCAGCCAAUCUCCUGCCGUCCACCAGCAGCAGCCCCAGCCCCGCCUCCAAGCAGGCACCUCCUGAAGGCAGCCAGGACAAGACCUCCCCAACCAAGGAACAGAGUGAGGGAGAGAAGAGUGUAUGAGGGUCCGGAGUACCCAGCCUGGAGCCCUGCCCACCCCCUGCUUCUCUCAGCCUCAGCCCUGCAACUCUCCAGGAGUAGCCACCUCCUCAUGGAUCUGGCAGGGAAAGAGAGGCCGGCGGCCAUUUGACACCCGGAGAGUCACUCCAGAACUCUGCUGGUGGGCUGUGUUGUUGUGGCUUUUCUUGGUGACAGUCCCCAAUGGCACUGAGCGGCUCGGGGAAACUGCUCCGUGGGGAGGCCCUUGGGCUGUUUGUUUGUUUUCCAGGCCAAGCAGCAUUGGAACAAAGCAUAUUUGUUCACCUCAGCACUCUUGUUGAGCUAUCUGGGGAGGUCUUGUCAGCUCCGAGGACUGUGGCAUGGAUCACCUCCGAAAGACACCAAGAAGUGACAUCUCACGACAGGAAAGGAGACAGUCACUCUCAUAUUAUUCCAGAACCGCAGAACUAGCAGAACAUCUACCAGUUCUCACUCCCCUCAGCCAAGACUGGCAACGACCCCCUUUCUCUUGUUUGAAGGUCUUCGCUGAGGUUUUGGGUAGAAAGUGACAGGAUGUGGGGUGACCCCACAGUGGUCCUGACCCUGGCAGAGUUCCCUGGACACAUCUGGCUGGUCCCAGUCAGACAGCCUGUCGGUUCUGUGACCCGGGGGCUGCUAUCUCGAUACUGCGGGUGCGGGGCAAGUGUGGGUCCCCUGCAAUUCGAGCGUCCACCGCAGGUCCUGUGUCUCUUCGAAGAAUGGUCAAGAAUGCUGGGAAGGUCACCAACCAGAAAGGAGCUCUGUGGCCUGUGAGAGGUCAAGAGCCCCUGAAGAGGGAGGAGAGCCCCAGGAAGUCUCCUGAAAUACUCACGCACAAGUCAACGGCCCUUCUUCCCGUGGAGGGGGUCUGCAGGGGCCGAUGAGACAGGACCGGCCGAUGAUGUGUCAACGUGCAGACAGGAAGAUGACUCCUUGUGGUGGAAGAGAAUGGAUCCCAAAGGGCCACACUGCAUAGAGAUUUCUGCCUCAGUCUGGUGUGGCUGUGUUCUUUCACGUGGGUGGUGACCCUGAAGAGAUCAGAGGGAGACGUGCAAUAGCGUGAGCCCCGCCCCGUCCCGUCCUGGAAGGGUGGUGGUCUGCGGCAGGCGGCGUGGGCAGCUUUGGCUGAUGAUGUUCCCAUGCAAAGAGCUGCUGCUUUCAUGCAGGCUGUUUUCGUUUCAGUUCUGAUCAUUGAAAGGCCCUCGGCCUCCCUCUUGACUCUUCCCUAUCCCUGUAGUCCUCCUAAGUGUACCGUACCUCACUCACGAUUACUGCAACGAACGCGUUUGAGAGAACACACUGUCUCCUUAAAAAAAAAAAAAAAAAAAAGAAAAGAAAAGGAAAAAAAAAAAAGCCAGAUCCUUGUUCCUGCUGUAUUUUGCUUGUUGAGUACAAAGAUGAAGUGAUUUGCCAAAAAGCGGCCAAGUUGCUUCCAUUUGCCUGUAAUUACGAAGGUUUGGUUGAGCAAUGUAUGCUCCAGCCCUUCCUUAUGCGCACUAACUCUUCAAUCUAAUUGUUUGAUUAAACUCGUAUUUCCUCCAGAAAGGUACAUAAAUAAGUGAACUGUUGGGCAAAUUAAGAAUACUUAACAGCAUUGCAUCCGAAAAGUAGUUAUGCUGAUUAAAUUUUGUGUCCUUGAGGACUUUCAGGAAAUUACUUUUGAUCGUCAAUAACACAAUUAAGUAAACUACACACACAUUAGCAUGAAUAAUUGAUAAGAAAUUAUGUAUUACCACGAAGCACUGAUUUAAUAAUUCAUGACGCGACACUCCAGUGACUGUGCAAAACUGGAUAACAUUGAAAAGUCUGCCUGACGUUCUGGAAAGAAAGGGGAAAAGUGAGCGCCAAACCUCUGCAGAGAUAUCUGAGCACUUAGUUUUGCUGUACAAAGGGGAAAGGUAACCGAUGCAUGAUACUGUUUCUGUUCGUUU